AUGCUUGGAAAAAAUGAGGCUUUCAAUCGUACAACGGCUCGUAGCAUUAAGCUCCUAUUGCUGGUUGUGUUUAUUUGCAUAUUUAUGUUGAAGAACCUAGCUGCUUCCGAAAUCAAUUUCGCUAAAAGGGAAGUCGAGAACAACGACGACCAGGGCGACAACGACGACAACCACUGCGAGAACGACGGAGACGAUGAUUCCUGUGACGUCAGCGGUAAACAACCCCAUAUUGUCGUGGUAUUGAUUGAUGACGCAGGUUGGAAUGACGUUGGUUGGAACAAUGACUUCAUGCCAACACCAGUGUUGAAUGAACUUGCGUAUAAUGGUGUUAUUCUUAAUAACAUGUAUGCACAACCACUUUGUACUCCUUCACGUAUUGCGCUGUUAACUGGUAGAUAUCCAGCAAAAGUCGAUAUGCAGCACUCUGUGGUUCUACCAUCGCAGCCAUAUUAUUUGCCUAGUGAAUACUCUACACUGGCCAACAAACUGAAGGAGGUCGGUUACAUGAACCAUGUUGUUGGCAAAUGGAAUAUUGGUUCGUGUAAUUGGACUUAUACACCCCUGUGGCGUGGAUUUGAUUCCCAUUAUGGAUGUUAUGAAGCUACAAUAUCGGACUAUGAAACACACAUGUUGAACUGGCCGCCUAACCGACAACCACCGUUAUUUACUGGUAUUGAAUUUAGAGACAACACCGGAGUGGUCACCCACCAAAAUGGAACUCACAAUACGUUUUUAUUUACUGAAAGGGCAGAGAAAAUUGUUAGAAAUCACAAUCCAUCCUCUCCAUUAUUUCUCUACGUUGCGUAUAUGAUACCACACUUCCCACUCCAAGUUCCGGCUGGAUUUGAAGAAUCUGUACAAGUCGAUGACGCUGAUAGGAAAAUUGUUGGCGGCAUGAUGGCAGCCAUAGAUCAAGGUGUGGGUAACAUCACACAGGCCUUGAAAGACACUGGCAUUUGGGAUGACACACUGUUUGUGUUCCUCAGUGACAAUGGCGGUGAUGACUUAUUUGCUGGUUCGAACUAUCCGUACAGAGGGAACAAAGCCUCGACGUUUGAGGGCGGUAUGAAAGUGCCCGCAUUCUUCCACGGCAGCAUGUUGCAAGAUCCGUCAACUAUGAACAACGAGUUAUACCAUUUCACCGAUGUAUUUGCAACUUUAGUGAGCGUUGCCGGCGGGGAGUUAGAUCAAUGGUUUCGUCCUGCUGAAAACCCCAGUGCUCCAAUACCUGAUGUGCCAUUAAUUACUGAAAAUGAAAAUAACAGAUUUCUGUUUAACUUAAAAGAUGAUCCAUUGGAAACCAAUAAUCUGUACUACGAUCCGGAUGAACAGAAUGUUGUUAUUGAAAUUGAGCAGCGUCUCGAGGAAUACAGAGCUAGUAUCUCUCCGAUUUGGUAUCCAGACGAGUUGGAUCCGAGAAGUGAUCCGGCUAAAUUCGGUGGUUUUUGGACACCAGGGUGGUGUUGA